UUAAUGGGGAUACGUGUCACCGUAAAACAAUAGCCACCGGUUUUCUCUCCUCGUCUGAUUCACCACCGCUAGGAAUUGGUUCCUCUUUGCUUGCUGUCCUUCGAGAGAGAGGACUCUUGUCUCCGUUAGUGCGUGCCUUACCCUCAGCGAUGACACUUUGUUCGCGCUGCGCGACAACUUCCAUUCGCUGCCACGAAUUUCCCAUUUUGUUCAUUUCGCACAGUGGCACACAACAGUUCGUCAAACUUUCGUGAAACAAAGCUCGCGUUCUAUUUUUCUCCUACUUUUCUUUUCUUUCUUCGAACAAAUUAUUUUUACACGUGUCUUUCUUCCUUUUCCUUGCGUUACAAAUGGAUAAGUGGAUACACGUUUCUCGCGUAAUUGGAAUUUCAAUGUUUAUCUUCUUGCUUGGUUGGAAUUAUUAUAGAGAAUAAAUUGAGUGAAUUUGGUGAGACAUUCCUUUGUUCUGUGAUUCAAUCUGUGAAAGAAAGUAUUAGAAGAGAUAUUGUGAAAGGAAGUAUCAUAUAUUGGAAGAGAUGAAUGCGGAGGAAGUAAAGGUUGGGUGCUUUCAAACAGUGAUCGUGUUGCUGCUUGGCAUUAAUUAUGUCAUCGUUGCCAUGAGCCACGCGCUCCCGGUGUUUCACAAUUAUACGCCUAAAUUUUAUUGUCAGGCGAAGAAUGGGACGAAACGAACGUACGGUUGCCAAGAGCUUGGCAACGUGACUGUUGCAGUCAAUGAGACUUCCGGCCUCAAGGAAUCCUCGAUUACGAACCUGUGCCUUGGCGAGUAUCAAUUUGCAACCGAAUUUGGUGAAAGUAGCGUUGUGACGGAAUGGAGUUUAAUCUGUGAAAAACAGUACCUAACGUUCCUUGGACCGACAAUUUAUUAUGUCGGGGUUUUAAUGGGCGCCUGGAUCUCUGGUCUUUUAGCUGAUCGAAUAGGAAGACUUCCGGUUCAAGCGAUUUGUCUUUACACUCAGGGCACGAUGGCUGUUGCGCUAUAUGUUGUGCAGAAUUAUCCUACGUUUUUGGCUCUUCGAGGAUUACAAGGAGUGUUCGUCCAGGGUCUACAGAACUCUACGUACAUUCUUUCUUUGGAAUUGUUCCCUGCGAAAGCGCGGACGUUCGUUGCACUGGUUAUGCAAAUUGCAUGGGCCAUUGGUUUGAUACUUCUGGCUGCGCUCAGUUAUGUUAUACCCGAUUGGAGAAUCUUACAAUUAGCUGUCUCGGUUCCCACUGCCAUCACUGUCCUCUAUAUUUGGAUGAUACCAGAAUCGCCAAGGUGGUUGCUAGCAAAGGAUAAAACGACGGAAGCAGAUAUGGCAGUGGAGCGUAUUACAAAGUACAAUGUGUGCUGCACCAGAUCGCGAAGGGAAGAUGCCAAAACGGUGGCGGACGUUCUCGAAAACGCGACGCCGGUUAAGCCAGAGAGAAAGUCGCGCGUUUCAUGUACAGAUUUGAAGAAAUCGAAAACCGAUAGCGAAAUGAAAGAAGAAGCUGCGAAUUUAUUAAAUAGCAACGCUGACGCGGCACAACAGAAAGUUCAAAAGACUAGUUUAAGAGCAAUUUCUGAAAACUUGCAAGGCAAGUUUCCUAAAACAGAAUCAGAACUGGAAUCCGUGCAACGCGAGAAUGGAGAAAUAGAGAAGCGCAACACCGCGUCAAGUUCGAAGAGCCAUCGGAAAUCGAAAUCGAUAUCGCAGCCGGCCGGAAACCAACGGUUUUCCAUGAAAGAUACGUACGAUACUGUGGAGCUGCGAACACCGGUGAAAGAAGAGCUCUCAAAUAAAAACGACGAGGAGAAAUUUCACAAAAUCGAGGAAAAGUCUAGUAACGCUCAAACGAAGGAGGAACUGUUGGAAUUAUUCAGAUCUGUGCCAUUAAAAAAAUAUGGAAUCGUAAUGAUUUAUCAGUGUUUCACUUCUUCCGUGGCGCAUUAUGUUUUCAUGACGCUUGUUCCUGGCUUUACUAUUAACAGACACGUAAAUUACGCACUUGGGGGAGCAUUAGAAGUUGCAACUUAUGUGUUUCUCUACUUCAUACUAUCCAGAUAUGGUAGACGAUUACCGAUGUCAGCGUAUCAAUCAAUUACCGGUGCAAUUUGCAUUUUGUUUGCGGCUGUGCUUAUCUUGUCAAAUCCCAACAAUGCUGUCGAUCUCACGAAGAUCACUAUGCUCUUGCUCGGUAAAGUAGCAGCGAUAAGUACCGUUUCUAUAACAUACUUGUACACGGUCGAGAUAUUCCCAACUGUGGUACGAGGAACUUGUUUAGGCUUGUGCACGGUUUUCGCAAAAAUCGGCAGUUUGUGCACGUCACAUGUACUAUUACUGGGAGGGUAUUUUCCAGUCACUAUUCCAUUGAUAAUCAUUGGAAUGCUUUGCUUAGGAUCUGGAGCACUUGCUUUAAUUUUACCAGAAACAUUGAAUCAAAUUUUGCCUGACACCACAGAGGAUUCUGAAUUGCUGAUCGUUAAAAGAAGAGAAAAGAGCGAAAAAUUAAACAACGAGAAUACAGUCGAAGAUACUUCUGAGAGGGAGAUACUUAGGGCAAAAUUAUUCUCUGAAGACUGGGUGGACGCAGGAAAUGGCAUAUUAGUGAACUUUACUGAGAAUAAAAAUUCUGAAUGAAGUUUCAUCUAGCAGAAAUCAGUGCUACGUAUGUCUAUUGUUGUAUCACGACCAACAGUUCAAUGAUCAUUACAGUUGUUGCAAAGUGUGAUUAUUUGUCAUGAAAAUUUAUUUUCAAGAAUAUUUUUCAUAGUUUAAAAUAAUAGUUUAAUCUAUGAUUGGAAAAUAUUUUACGAAUUGAAACUGCAAUAUUUUUUAUAAAUUUAUAGCCGUUUUUAGGAACAUGUAUCAUUGUGUAUUAUACUUUACAUAGAUUGAACCAUUCUAAUAGUUUAUACCGUUAAAUAUUUAUUAUAUGUUAGGUUUAGUAUCUAAAGUUUAAAAAAAAUCAUGAUACAUUCAAUUGUUAUUACCUCGAUAUAAAGUAGAUUUAUAUAAUACGUAAAAGUUAAAACAAUGAAUUGCAAGUCACAUUUUUGAACAUUUGUAGUUUAGAGGCUGAAAUAACAACGUGUAAUAGCUUUUUCAUUAGCUUUUUUUAGAUAUAUCACUCGUAUAUUAAAUAAAUAUAUUUGUAUAUACAAUUAUAAGAUUAAUUCGAAAAAAUUUUGCAAAAGUAAAAUUAAACUAUUGUAUUGAUAUUAAAUACGUACGUAUUAAUAAUUAAAUUAAUAAUU